AUGGGUAUUUUACUCAAGAACCCUCAGAGUACGGCUGGCGCAUCAUGGCCAGCCAUUGCCAUCUCGGGCUUCGUCGCCUUUGGUGGUGUUUUGUUUGGAUAUGAUACAGGCACCAUCAGUGGCAUUCUUGCCAUGCCUUACUGGCAGGAUCUUUUCUCUACAGGCUAUCGGGAUGCUACCGGCCAUCUCAAUAUUACUUCUAGCCAGUCGUCUGCCAUAGUAUCCAUUCUCUCGGCCGGAACAUUUUUUGGUUCUCUCGGCGCCGCUCCUCUGGGAGACUCUAUCGGUCGUCGGUGGGGUUUAAUUGCGUCUAGCUGGGUUUUUAUUUUUGGUGUCAUAUUACAGACAAUUGCUACCGGAAUUCCGCUGUUUCUGGCAGGUAGAUUCUUUGCUGGAUUUGGCGUUGGCUUGAUUUCGGCAUUGAUUCCGCUAUACCAGUCCGAGACCGCACCGAAAUGGAUUCGAGGAUUCAUUGUCGGCUCUUACCAGCUGGCCAUUACCAUUGGUCUGCUGCUGGCUUCCGUGGUCAAUAAUUCGACUCACGGACGGAAUGAUACAGGAUCCUACCGUAUCCCGAUUGCAAUCCAGUUUGCUUGGGCUAUCGUCUUGAUCAUCGGAAUGCUAAUUCUUCCCGAGACCCCUCGCUACUUGAUUAAAAAGGACAACUAUGAAAGGGCCGUUAAGAAUCUUGCAAAACUUCGCCGUCUCCCGGAGGAUCAUCCUGAAAUUAGAGAGGAGCUUGCUGAGAUCCAAGCCAACCAUAAAUACGAGAUGAGACUAGGCCAGGCCAGUUAUCUCGAAUGUUUUAAAGGCAAUCUUGGAAAGCGGUUGCUCACCGGUUGCGGUCUUCAAGCUCUGCAGCAGCUGACUGGCAUUAAUUUCAUCUUCUACUACGGCACACAGUUCUUCAAGAACUCCGGAUUCAAGAACGAGUUCGUCAUCAGCUUGAUUACCAACUGUGUCAACGUGGUUUCAACUGUCCCUGGUCUUUACGCUAUUGAUAAAUGGGGCCGACGACCAGUUCUGCUAUUAGGUGCCAUUGGCAUGUGUGUUUCGCAGCUGCUCGUCGCUGUACUUGGAACAACGACCACCACCCAGGAUGCCGCUGGCAACAUUAUUGUGCUCAACGAUGCGGCACAGAAAGGCGCAAUUGCCUUCAUCUGUAUUUUUAUUUUCUUCUUUGCUGCAUCAUGGGGACCUAUCGCUUGGGUUGUUACUGGCGAAAUCUUCCCUUUGAAGGUUCGAGCCAAAUCACUUUCCAUAACCACCGCCACGAAUUGGUUAUUGAACUGGGCUAUCGCCUAUUCUACCCCGUACCUAGUAAACUACGGCCCCGGGAAUGCCAAUCUGCAGUCAAAGAUUUUCUUCAUUUGGUUCGGAUGCUGCUUCCUCUGUAUUGGUUUCGUUUACUUCAUGAUCUACGAGACCAAGGGACUUACUCUAGAGCAAGUGGAUGAGCUGUACUCUGAAGUCAGUAGUGCGCGCAAUUCCGUUGGCUGGAAACCGACAGUGACCUUCAUGGAGAUUGUUGAACAGAAGGGAUCGGACAGUCAUCACCAUGAGGAGCGUACGGAAGAGACAAGUUAA